CAAUAUUGGUUCUUAACCAACGGGUCUAUUGCAACUAGAGCAAUACUUUUAAACAUUUUAUCCAAUGUAAGAGCUAUUCUAAUCCGUGCUACCCAUCAGCCGAAAAUGAUCACGACAAGAAUUGCGAAAGUUUCCUUAACAGUCUUAUCUGAUACUGAUGUUGGUCUUGGUAGAGCAUCCGAGACUGAAAACUGUACAUGUCCUUUAGGAUAUGAAGGAACAUCUUGCGAGAAAUGUUCUGCAGGAUUUAAACGAACCGAAAAUGGUACCUGCGGACCUUGUUUCUGUUAUGGUCACGCCGUAACAUGUGACUUCAGUGGAAAUGGUGCUUGCAUUGACUGUCAGCAUAAUACCACUGGUUAUCAUUGCGAUCGCUGUAAACCGGGAUUUUAUGGAAAUGCUACUAAUGGUUCACCACAAGCUUGCCAAUCGUGUCCUUGCCCUUUAACUGUAGCAUCUAAUAGAUUUAGUCCAACAUGCUUCUUGGCUACCGAUGGCAAACCUACAUGUAGUAAUUGCGCAAAUGAAUAUGAAGGAAGAAAUUGCGAAAGGUGUGCUCCAGGUUAUACCGGUAAUCCAAAUACUCCAGGAGGAUCAUGUGUAGAUAUUUCAUUAUACUGCAAUUGUGAUAUGAGAGGAAGCUUAAACUAUUCGUGUAGUCCUACCACACGCCAAUGUUUUUGCAAGGAUAAUGUUGAAGGUAUUCGAUGCGAUCGAUGUAAAUCAGGAACAUUCGAUUUACAAGCAACCCACUCAGAUGGUUGCUUAAAAUGUUUUUGUAAUGGACGUGCCAACGCCUGUUCUAGCGCUCCUUAUAACAGAGGCAAUGUAAGCAACAAUUUUUGCCAUUUUAUAUUAUUACAAAAUGAUAUCAACAACUUCAUUUUUGGCAAUGAUCAAGAAACUUAUUUGGGAAAUCAAGAUGGGCAGUAUUUUAGUGUCAAUGUUAGUUCUAACAGUCUCAAGUUUACUAGGUAUAUGCCUGACUUCAAUGGUACCAUGUAUUAUUGGUACCUUCCAAAUUUAUUUCGAGGAAAUAAGGUAGUUACUGCAUAUGGCGGACAGCUGAGAUAUGCAAUAUCAUAUACAGAUGCAAAUAAUAAUGCCAACGAAACAUCAGUAAGCGGUCCGGACGUUGAGAUUAAGGGUAGUGGUAUUAUAUUACAAUAUUUUGAUGGUCGCCAGCAAAUACUUGCAGCAAAUUCAAGGCAUGCAUUUUCUAUUGCUUUAACUGAGAAAAAUUGGAAUUUGGAAUCUACAGGUGAUGCAGCAACCAGAGAUGAAGUUCUUCUGGCGCUGGCAGAUAUCGAAUAUAUACGCAUCCGGGCAAAGUAUAAUCAGAACUGGCUAACUACUAGCAUCUUUGGUAUUGAGAUGGAUAAUGGAUUUGUUGGAAAUUCAAAUAGACCUAGUGCACAUGAUGUUGAAGUGUGUUCUUGUAGUACAGGAUAUAUUGGUACUUCAUGCACGGAAUGUGAUGCUGGAUAUACGCUUAAAGAUUCUUCCUUACGAGUGCGAAGCGAGUGCAUCUCGUGUCGAUGUAAUGGUCAUAGUGCGACCUGCGACACUGUAGUAGGAACGUGCACGGGCUGUCACUUUAGUACAACUGGCGAUCACUGCGAAUUCUGUGCUCUUGGCUAUUAUGGGAACGCAACAGUAGGCACUAUAGAUGAUUGUAAGCCAUGUCCUUGUCCUCUAAAUAUAACAUCCAAUCGCUUUAGUGACACUUGCACAGCGAGCAAUAGCGGAGCAAUUAAUUGCACAAAUUGCCAACCGGGAUAUACGGGACUCGAUUGUGGAGAGUAA